GCGUACCCACCGCCCGCACCGGCCGCCAAGGUCCCGUACACGAUCGAGUCGACGUACGUGACGAUGGCCGAUGGCAUGCGCAUUGCGCUCGACGUCUACCUGCCACUGGGGCCCAUGCAAGCACGCCCUGUCGUCUUCAACCAGUCGCGCUACCAGCGGUCGGUCUCGCUGCGCUGGCCGUUCCGUCUCUUUGUCAACGGCGGCAAGCCCGUGGGCUUUAUCAACAGCGGCUUCUUUGCGCGCAUGCUCGCAGACGGCUACGCAGUCGUGUCGAUGGACAUUCGCGGCUGCGGCGCGUCGUACGGUGUUAACACGCGGCCGUGGAAUGUACAAGAGCGUCUUGACUCGGUCGAGGUCCUCGACUGGAUCGUGCAGCAGCCCUUUAGCAACGGCCAAAUUGCGCUCUGGGGCAUCAGCUACGAAGGCACGGCCGCGUACCUCACUGCGUCCAUGAAGCAUCCGGCCGUGAAGGCAUGCGUGCCCAUGUACAUGUUUUAUGACGUCUACCACGACAUUGCUUGUCCUGGUGGCAUCACGCAACACUAUUUCCCAACACUGUGGCAGGCCUUCAACUCGGUCGUCGACAGCAACGACUAUGGCAAGCUCGACUUGAUGCUGCGCAUGGGGUCCUGGUUCAUCCAAGGGGUGACGCCGGCGUCCACGUCGUACGCGGAUCUGGUGGCUGCGGUCGCAGACCACAAGAACAACUGGAUUGCGACCGAUGACAUCACACCGACCUUGCUUCGCAACUCGCCAUCCGUCACGACGCCCGACACCACCGCGGGGGACCUCUCGCUCCACCAGGUCUACCACGCCUUUCAAGAGGCCAACGUGCCGACGCUCUUUUACAGUGGCUGGUUUGAUGCGACGGCGCGGAGUGCGCUCCAAGGCUUUUGCACCUUGCCGGCGUCGAGCAAGGUGGUAAUUGGGCCCUGGAACCACGGUGGUCUCCAGUUCUGGAAUGUGGACACCAACACAUCCCAGAUGACUGAAUUUGACCACUUUACACCAGUGCUGGAAUUCCUGCAGCGCCAGUUCCAGGUCGCACGCAACCCGUCGAUGCCCGAGCUCGAGCUCGAGCCGCUCGUUCCGUCCCCCACCCACCAUUGGCAGCGGGGCGUUGAUUACUUCUUACUGGGUGAGAACCGCUGGCAGCACAGCGAGACGUGGCCCGCCCACACUCGCCGCGCAAUCUACUACCUCUCGAUGGAUGCGCCGCUUGCGCUCACCCCGACGCUCUCGCAUGUGGCGGGCGGUACGGCGACCAUGUCUGUGCUUGGCCAAAAGUCGAUCGGCGGCAAUUCGCGCUGGCACGCCACGAUUCGGAUCCGAGACCCGAUUGCAUACACGCAUUGGGACGCCACCAACCACCUUGCGUUUGCGUCGCCGCCGCUCGAGAGCCCUCUCAAGAUUGUGGGCAGCGCCGUCGUGACGCUCUACAUUGCGUCGUCGGACGUCGAUGCGGACCUUUUCGUGUACCUCGUGGCCGUGCACCCGCGCACGAAGGCGCUCUCGUACAUCACCGAAGGUCACAUGCGCGCGAGCCACCGCAAGGAGACGACGGCUCCAGCGCUGCCGUCCGCGCCCGACGCCGACGUCCCCAACCACAGCUUCCACGUCGAAGAUCAGAUGCCGCUCGUGCGCGACGAAGUCGCCUGCGUCCGCUUUGGCUUGCUCCCGAUCGCGUACCGUGUGGCGGCGGGUGCCUCGAUCCAGGUGCGCAUUGGCGGCCGCGAUGAGCGCCACUUCUAUGACGCGACGCCGUCGACUGGCCGCGACGUGACACUCCACGCGUCAUCGACGCACGUUGCCAGCAUCGACUUGCCAGUCGUAGCGACCGAAUAACGUCACCAAGCGAUGUAUGUGACGAUGGUUGCAA